UCUCCUCUAUUUCCCUCCUAUUUUUUCCUGUGUUUUUUUUUUUAGCCUUGUUGCAGCCUGCAGCUCUAAGGGAGGAGAAAAAAAAAACAAACAACAAACCAAAACAAACCCCAAACCAUUUUUUCCCCCCCUCUCUUUUUAAAUAAAUAAUUUAUUUCGAAAGGAAGCUGAUCUCGUAAUGAGCUUUCUCCUUCCUUACUCGAAACAGGUGCUAAUGAAAGCAUCGCAAACAGCACCGCCCGUGCACAACGUUUCCUAAAGAAGGGAACAGUCACCACCGAGCCGAAUCGCUCCGGAUCUGCCUGCUGGCACCCAGCAAAGACCUUAAAACACCUCCUGGAUGCUUUCCAGUCUCUGCCCUGGAGACCCCUCCAGCCCCAAGGCCAGAGCAGGGGGGUCAGAUGAUGAAGCUCCCAGGCCAGCCUACAAGCACCUGAGUCUGCAGCAGUGCCAGAGGGAUGGACCUGUAGCAGCUGGUCUGCAGACCAUUCCUGCAACUUCUCAAGACCAUUCUGAACCCUAAUCCUGGCCUCCGAAGUGCUUGCAGCCUGCCCCAGCCUGGCAUCAGCAGCCAAUUCAACUGAACCAAACCCUGGGCAAGCAGGAGAGGGACAUCAGCAGCACUCCAGACCCCCACAUCCACUAAAUGUGGGAAACUCUUUUCCAAAGCUUUUGAACUCCAGAGUGGAACAGAAGGAAGACACAGGGGGACCUACACCGUUCAGUGUUGUUUUCCUUGCAGAAGAAAAGAGGGAGAAGUGAAAAAAAAAAGAGGCAGAAAGCUCCUGAUGAGAUGAGCGCUGGAGUCUCGAGUUCUCAGAGGUUUGCAUAACAAACAAGAGACACAUUGUGGGUUGCAUCUUGACUUUGAAGGCUUGCCACUGUCAACGGAAACAAAAUGGCAAGGUUUAAAGCCUUAACCAAGUUCACAAGGGAAAUAUUUGGACUAAAAGUUUUGGCAAGUUUUCUCCCUUUGAAGUAGUUUGUCAUGUGUUACCAAUGUGAACUUUAUUGACCUUGAAAGCCUUUUUUUUUUUUGGGGGGGCUCCAAUAGCAACCAGUGACACUUUAGUCAAAUCUUCAACCAACAAGCAUCUCCUGGGGGCUCCAGCUUCGUAGCAAAUGCAGGCAAAGCAGGGAAUCUACAGCAGAGACCUUUCCUGUCCGUAAAUGAAGCCUGCCAAAACCUUCCCGAAAUAGCAUUCAAAGACCCUUUUAAGGUCAUGGAUCCUGAACAAAGCCAGAAGAGCACAAAAAAGGCUGAGGAAAGUCCAAGAAAGAGGCUUCCCAAAGGAGAGGCUUUCCAAGCCAGUAUUUCAUCCACUACUACGUACCAGGGCAGCUCUGCUUCUUCGCAAGGAACCCCUCUCCGAGAUAUCAUUUCGCAGCAGCACUUUUCUGGGUCUGUGCCAGUUCCGAGGGAGGAGCCUCAGGAGAAGCCUGGGCAGCAGAAGCAACCCAAACCUUCCUCCUUCGAGCAUCCUCCCCACGUUUCGCAGCUUCAGCAGCACGCACUGACACCAGCAUUUAUGUCUCCUGGGAAACCCGAGCACGUCCUUGAAGGUCCCACAUGGCAGCUAGUUGAUCCAGUAAGACCAGGUCCUUCUGGCUCCUUUUCAUCCCCCGGGCUCCACUCUCACCACGGCCAGCUCUUACCUUCCCACUCGCCGGUCGUUCCCGCGGAGGACAUGCCGUCCGUGCAGAAGGUCUACGUCCCUCGCUCCUCGCAGGUCUCCUUAAAGCAGGCUGAGGAGGUGCACAAGAAGGAGAAGAAACCUCAGAAGCCAGGCAAGUACAUUUGCCAGUACUGCAGCAGGCCCUGCGCGAAGCCCAGCGUGCUCCAGAAGCACAUCAGGUCGCACACCGGGGAGAGGCCCUACCCUUGCAUCCCAUGUGGCUUUUCUUUUAAGACUAAGAGCAAUCUGUAUAAGCAUAGGAAGUCUCACGCUCAUCGCAUCAAAGCUGGGCUGGCCUCAGGGAUCGGGGCAGAGAUGUACCCCUCGAGCCUGGAGAUGGAGAGGAUCGGCGGGGAGGAGUUUGAAGAGCCAACGGAAGGAGAGAGCACAGAUUCGGAGGAGGAAACGGGCACCAUGGCAGGGCACUCGGUGGAGCUCUCUCCCCGGCGGAAGCACGGCCUCUUGUCCAGCAGCUUGCUGAGCGGGGGGAGCCAAGGCUCCAGCCACGACCGCUGUUCGCUGUCUCACUCCAGCAUGUCCCAGUCUCUGGAGGACAGCAGCCAGUUCGCAGAGCCGUCGCCAGACCACGCCCUGAGCCACAAAUCCGAGGACACCCACACCAUCAAGCAGAAGCUGGCGCUGCGCCUGAGCGAGCGGAAGAAGGUGAUAGACGAGCAGGCUUUCCUGAGCCCCGGCAGCAAGGGCAGCACCGAGUCGGGCUACUUCUCCAGGUCGGAGAGCGCCGAGCAGCAGAUCAGCCCUCCCAACACCAACGCCAAAUCUUACGCUGAAAUUAUCUUUGGGAAGUGUGGCAGAAUCGGGCAAAGGAGCGCGGCCUUAGCCACCAACACCACCCAGGGCUUUCCACACCUGUCUGCCGAAGAGAAACCCAGCAUGGUCCCAUUGUCUGUGCCCAGGACACAGGUUAUCGAACACAUCACUAAGCUGAUUACCAUUAACGAAGCUGUCGUGGACACCAGCGAAAUAGACAGCGUUAAGCCUAGAAGAAGCUCUCUGUCUAGGCGCAGCAGCAUCGAAUCUCCAAAGUCUGGUCCCUACAGAGAGCCCUUCCAGUUCGACAUCAAGUCUGCUUCCGGUAGCCAGUUGGAUGCUUCCAAAGCCUUGACAUCCCACGGUGAAAAAGUUAAGCCUGAACAAUCAUUGUUGUCACUUCAGCAAUCCCACAGUGCCACAGAGACAGUGCCUCUCCUAAGAAGCCACUCAAUGCCUUCUGCUGCAUGCACUAUAAGCUCCCCACACACCUUUAGAGGUAGCUACUCGUUCGAUGAUCACAUCAUGGAGCCGGAAGUCUUAAGCCGCAGCCAAGCGUUCUCUUCCCAUCCUCGAAUGCUGAAGCGGCAGCCAGCGAUCGAGCUGCCUUUGGGAGUGGAGUAUCUCUCGGAGGAGGUUAGCUCUGCAAACAAAGAAGCUGUUCCCAAACCUCCUGAGGAGCCUGAAACCAAGGAAAGCGAUCUUACCAAAAAGUCACGGAAGGGCCCCAAAGUCAAAGGCUUCAUGUACGAGUGCAGCGUCUGCGGCGCUCGCUACAAGAAAAGGGACAAUUACGAGGCCCACAAGAAGUACUACUGCUCAGAGCUGCAGCUCUCAAAGCCUCGCCCUUCUGCUUCCCACACCUCUUCAGAGGCUGAGAAAAGCGCCGCGGAUCCUGACGCCUGGCCCCAGGUGAUGCAUUACAAACUGGGGAGCAGCUUGGAGCUGACCCCGCUCCGAAAGAGGCGGAAGGAAAAGAGCCUGGGUGACGACGAGGAGCCUCCAGCUUUCGAGCUGUCGGACACUCCCUCCUCCAGCGCCGGGCCAGGGACUCAGUUUGCAAACCCAGCGUCAUCUGAUGUCGCUUUAAACCUAACCCGUGAAUCCAUUAAGGCACCAGCAGACCCCGGGAAAUCUGCACCUCCUGAUGUCAGUGCCAGCUUCCAUGCCAGGAGUACCAAAACUGCUUCGGGCGCAGAGGGCAAAGAGAGAAGAACAACCUCAAAGGAGAUCUCGGUCAUCCAGCACACCAGCUCCUUUGAGAAGUCUGACUCUAUCGAGCAGGCGAGCAUCUUGGAAGGAGAAGACAAACCCUUGCCACAAUACUCAUCCCAGCCAGCACCCCAGCACAGCCGACCGCCUCACUCCUUGCAGCCCAAGCUGGUGCGCCAGCCCAACAUCCAGGUGCCAGAGAUCCUGGUCACGGAAGAACCUGACAGACCAGAAACAGAGCCAGAGCCUCCUCCCAAAGAGCCAGAGAAAACAGAGGAAUUUCAGUGGCCGCAGAGGAGCCAGACCCUUUCUCAGCUCCCUGCAGAGAAACUCCCACCGAAAAAGAAGAGGCUGCGGCUGGCGGAAAUGGCUCAGUCCUCCGGAGAGUCCAGCUUUGAGUCGGUGUCCCUCACCCGCAGCCCGAGUCAGGAGAGCAGCGUGUCCCACGGCUCCAGCCACUCCGUCUCCUUCGAUCGCGAAGAUCACGGCAAGUCGGAGCCCCCCGGGCAGCCCCCCGAGCCCCAGCCCAAGCCUCCCGCCUCUGGCUCGCACAUGCUGAUGGUGCCGAGCCACCACCAUCACUCCAGGGAAAUGCGCAGAUCGGCUUCUGAGCAGACCCCCAACGUGUCCCAUCCUUCCCAGAUGUCAGAGACCCGCAGCAAAUCGUUUGACUACGGGAGCUUGUCAUCCACCCCUGCCUCCACCCCCGGCCCCUCUGCCUCCUCAGCUCCACAGGAGAGAAGGAAAUGCUUUCUGGUCAGGCAGGCGUCCCUCACUAGACACCCAGAGCAUGAGCCAGACGUGGCCCCGGCAGGCCGUCCAGAGGCAGAUGAUCCAGUUCCUUCUUCAAGCAAAGCUCCUGCGACGAGUUUGCCUCAUCAGACGACAUCCUCCCCACCUUUGCCUGCUCAUGGUACUUACCCGAGUGAAAAGAGUCAGCCAAAAGACAGCCCUCAGCCCGCAUACACCCAGCCGUACACAGAAGCACUGCAGGUCUUUCACCACCCCAUCCCACAGCUAACGCUGCAUGAGAAGCACUUCAUGGCCCCCCAGGUUUCCAUCUUUCCCUACCAGCAUCUCCUGCCACAGCCAGGGCAGUCUGCAGAGCUCUUUGCUGCGCACACCAUGUCUGACAUCCUCUCUGCUCAGUUCUCCAUGCCUCAGAUUCCUCCUUCCAUAUUUCAGACCCCGCCGCUGCCUCUCCCACAGACGCUCAUCCACCCGGGCCCGCUUCAUAUCGCUCCUCCCCUGAUGUCUCACCCAGCCGAGGUGCCCUUCAGGCAGCAUCCUUCCUUCCUGCCCGUGCACUACCCUGUUUCCUCACCCAUCCCUUCAGCCUUUUUUCUGCCUCUGCAGUCUCAGUUUGCUCUCCAGCUGCCGGGCGAAGCCGGUGGGCAUUUGCCACCACUCAAAUCCAGUUUAUUCCCAGCAGUGGAGACCUCCAGGCUUUCCCCCUGCACAGAGUACGACUCGGACAGUAGGCUGCAUCCUCUGACCCGCACGACGAGUCCCUCGGUGUCUGCGUCUGCCUCCCAGCUGGCCAUGCCCACGCGGCCAGAGCCGGUGGUGUCCCUGGUGGUCCCCGUCCGCAUCCAGACGAACAUGCCGUCCUACGGCAGCGCCAUGUACACCACGCUGUCCCAGAUCCUGGUCACUCAGUCCCAGGGCAGUUCCUCUUCUAUCGUCCUCCCCAAAUUCGACGAUCACCAACCCAAGGGCACCCUGGUCUGCAGUGCUGAUGUCCACGGGCUGGGUUUCGAUCUGGCACAGAUGAUCACAGAGGAUCAAAGGAGCAUCUUCCAGAGCCCCUAUCUGAGAGUGCCCUUACCCUUGCCGGAGCGCAAAGGCUACAUGCCGCUCACCUCCCCCUCAGACAGCAUCCUCGGCCUGGAAGGAGGCUCCUCCACGGUGGGUGGAAGCAAAAGGAUGCUCUCUCCAGCCGGUAGUUUGGAGCUGACGAUGGAAACGCAGCAGCAGAAGCGAGUGAAAGAGGAGGAAGUGUCCGAAGCAGAGGAGAAGUUGGAGGUGGUGAAGCCCCCCAGUGCAAUAGAGGAAGGGGAAAAGCAGGACAAGUCCCAGUUUCUCGCAGACAGCCCAGGCGGGGUCGAGGUGGAAGCGCCUCCCACUCUGUCCCUCGAGCAGUCAGAGCCAAAGGAAACCCCAAGGACUUCGCCACAGGCUGAGUCUCCUUCAGGCUCUCCAAGUUUUGAGGCGCUGGAAGAGUACAAGCAGCCAGCUGGCAAACAGUUCCCCAGCAAGGCACCUUUGCAGCCUGUGAAGAAAGAAGACUCCAAAGAACCAGUGGAGCAGUCUCCACCAAACCCUCCCAGCCCUGCCCCUCUGGCUGAGGGUGCUCACAGUGCAAUGAAGCCGCGCGAAGGUACAGACACGAAGAAGGUACUGCAGUUCCCCAGCCUCCACACAACCACUAAUGUCAGUUGGUGCUAUUUAAACUACAUAAAGCCAAAUCAUACCCAGCAAGCUGAUCGACGCUCCUCAGUCUAUGCCAGCUGGUGCAUCAGCUUGUAUAAUCCUAACCUUCCAGGUAUAUCCACUAAAGCAGCCCUGGCCCUCCUGAGGUCCAAGCAGAAAGUGAGCAAGGAGACCUACACCAUGGCUACUGCUCCGCGCCCAGAGGCAGGCAGGCUUGUCCCAUCCAGCUCCAGGAAGCCCAAAAUGACAGAGGUUCAUUUGCCUUCGCUCCUUUCUAAUGAAGGUCGAAAAGAUAUAACUAGAGCUGAGAAGGAAGAGGAUAAAAGAGGCAAAUCAGAAGAAGAGGCUCUUGUGACCAAAAGAGGGGAGCCAGUCAGGAUCAAGAUCUUCGAAGGAGGGUACAAAUCAAACGAAGAGUAUGUGUAUGUGCGAGGCCGUGGAAGAGGGAAGUAUGUAUGUGAGGAGUGUGGAAUUCGCUGCAAGAAACCCAGCAUGCUGAAGAAGCACAUUCGCACGCACACAGACGUCAGGCCGUACGUCUGCAAGUACUGUAACUUUGCUUUUAAAACCAAAGGGAAUCUGACUAAGCAUAUGAAGUCAAAGGCCCACAGCAAGAAAUGUCAGGAGAUGGGCGUGUUGGUAUCUUCACUGGUGGAUCUGGAAGCCGAAGAAGGAACCAGUGAAGACCUAUUCCAGGACUCUGAGGGGCGGGAGGGAUCUGAGCCCAUUGAGGAACACCAGUUUUCAGACCUAGAGGAGUCUGACGAGGAUGACGACAACGAAGAUGAGGAAGAUGAGGAGGAAGAGGAGAGCCAAGACGAGCCAACUGUAAAGGUGCCUGAAGGCACACAGGCCACCCUCCCGAGGCACUCCUCAGGUGGCUCUCCCUCUUCUCAAGAGGAAAGCACUGAAACAGCAUUGCCCUUAGCUCCAGACACUGUUUCCAGCAGCCAAAAAGCAGGUGAAGGCCAUCAGGCCUCGUCCUCAGGGCUGGAAACAAAGUGGUCAGCAGACAGCAGUGACAUUGCUGUGUGCCACAGCUUCUUGAGUCUCACCAGACCAGCGUUGACCUCCACCGAACAAUUGGCUUCUGCCGAAAGAGAGUCUGUCACCAGGCCACAGAUGUCCUUAGUUAUGGACCUGUCAACCUCCAAAGACACCUCCCCAAGGAAAAGGUGGUCUCCCAGCCAGGACUCUGGCAGAGGUGGUGGCAGCAGCAGAGCCAUGCUAGGGAGAAAGCAUCUCCUAACCAAAAACGAAACUUCGCCCAAGCGGUUCUCCCCCCCGGCGGAGCUGCCUGCUCUGCGCUGCCUGUCCCCGGGGAGAGGCUUGUCCCCUUGCCAGCGUGUCUCCCCCAGGAGGGAGGCGUCUCCACUGAGGUGUGUGUCACCAAGGCUUGAGCUGUCACCCAGCAGGCAUCUUUCCCCCAGAAGAGAGCUGUCCCCGAGGCCAUACCUGCCAGCAGAAGAAGAGGUCUCCCCCGCCAGGCACUCAUCGCCGAGCAGAGAGGUGUCAGCGGUCAGACCUUUGUCACUGGCCCAGGUCUUGUCUCCAGGCUGUUUGGAGUCGCCAAGGUAUCCAUCCCCUGGGAAAGAGGACUUGCCUGGGACUAGCAGACCAGCAGCAGAUGACCAAGUUCAGAGCUCCUAUCAAGCCCAGCAGGGGAUAUUGUCUUCGAUGCCUCUACCUCACAGGUUCUUUGGCAAAAGCAUACAGCUCCACGAGUCCAAGCUGAAGAUAGAACCACGGAGCCCAACAUGCUCACCUGGCCUCACACAGCCUGUCUGCUCCAGAGCCUUGCAGGCACCUCACGAAAUCCACCUCCACGCUCCCAGCCGAGGGGAGGAGAAUGUCUUCAGCCAUCUCCCACUGCAUUCGCAGCAGCUCACCAGGACCCCGUACCCCAUGAUCCCCAUUGGGGGCAUCCAGAUGGUCCAGGCGAGGCCGAGCUUGGUGCCCAGCUCCGUCGUGUCCCUGCAAGCAGGAUGCUUUGCCCCUGAGGGCAGCAGCUUCCCGGAGCUCAGCUGGGCUCCCAGGAGGGACCAGGAGCCGCAGGAGCCUCGGGAGCCGUCCUCGGCCUCCGUCUCCCCGGUGGCGAAGGUUUCCAAGUACACUCUGUCCCCAGAGCUUACCAGCAGCGGUUACCUAGAAGAGAAAAUGAGGACUAGUGAGCUUCAGCAGAAGGGCGAGCAGGAGGAACACAGGGUACAGACGCUGGCUGAGCCCAGCGGCGCGGAGCGGGCAGGCUGCUCGGCGUCCCCAGCCAGCCCCAGCACAGCCCACGAGCACUCUCCAAAGCCUUCGACGAGCGGGGAAGAAGAAGAAAAAGAAGAAGAAGAAGAACCCUUGAUCCAAACGGGCAAGAAGCAAUCUGGCAGCUCGAGCACUUCUUUGGAAUCGUCCUGCACUUUCAUCUCAGAUCUCCCCCGGCAGCCGUCGGACCCAAGCGGCAGCGGCGGCGGCGGCAGCGGCGGCGGCAGCGGCGGCAGCGGUGGCAGCGGUGGCAGCGGUGGCAGCGGUGGCAGCGGCUGCGGUUGCCUCUCAGAGCCCUCAGCCAGCCACCCGCACCCCCAACCCUUCCCCGGCCGCAGGAGAAACCUCUCCGGAGAGCCCAAGCCCAGCUGCCAAGGUGGGGGAACCUCCAGCCAGAGCAGUCCGCACCUAGAGCCGGCAGAUUUAGGUCAAACUCACCCAAAGGUGGAUGAAAACACGAGAAGUGCUUAAGCCUCCACCAUCCGUUCCACUUUUAGGCUUCCUCUGUAAAAUCAACAGACUUUUUUCAACACUUUUUUUUUUUUUGUUGUUGAUUCUUUUCUCCUUUGGUACGAUCCUGGCUGUCAGCAGCACUCUGGUGAAUGACCAAAUCCACGGAAGAUUCCUGUUUCUUUUCUUUCUGUCCCCAGUCUGGUAUUAUCUCCACAUGUAUGCAGUUACUUGUGCCUUUUUCUAGACCUUUCGUUGCUUGGAAAUGUACAACAACAAACACAACAAACCGAAAAGAAACAAAAAAAACCCCUCCACAAACAACAAACCAAACUGUUUGAGGCUGUGAAUAUUUUUUUAGAGUCUUUUUGGGGAAAAAAAAAAAAAGGGGGGGGUUUGUUAGGACCUUCUCUUUGUUAUUGUUAUUAUUAUUAUUAUAUUAUUAUUAUUAUUAUUAAUUAUUAUUUUCUGUUGUUGAUGUUGUGGUUUGGUUGUUUUUUUUUAAUGAUUCCUUUUUUUAAUUCUUAAUUAUUAUUUUUAUUUUGGGGGUGGGGAAGGUUUUGGCAUUUUGGUGCGGGCCUGAGAGAUGCAGAAAAAGGGAAGGGUUAAGUGUUUGAAGAGGAUGAAGAUGCACUGGAAAAAAAAAAAAGAAAGAGAUGAAAAACCAAACGAAAAACCAAACGAAGAUUAAAAAAAAAAAAAAAGAAAGAAAGAAAAAGACACAAAGAAAAAAAGAGGGAAAGGAAUAAAAAACCACACAAAGAAAAAACAGGGAAAAAAAAACACACAAAGAAAAUAAGCAAGGAAAGGGAAAAAAAAAACCACAAAGAGAAAACAAGGAAAGGGGAAAAAACACACGAAGAAAAAACAAGGAAAGGGAAAAAAUGCACAAAGAGAAAAACAAGGAAAGGAAAAAACACACAAAAUAAAAACAAGGCAAGGGAAAAAAUGCACAAAGAGAAAAAGAAGGAAAGGAAAAAAACACUCAAAGAAAAAACAAGGAAAGGGAAAAAAUGCUCAAAGAAAAACAAGGGAAGGAAAAAAAAAACACAAAGAAAAAGCAAGGAAAGGGAAAAAAUGCACAAAGAAAAACAAGGGAAGGAAAAAAACACAAAAAAAAAACAAGGAAAGGGAAAAAAAUGCACAAAGAGAAAA